UGUACGCGUUUCUUCUAAUAACUUAAUAAAAACAAUUAUUUCUUCCAAAUUAUUUCGACUUAGUCUUCUGUUGGGGUUGUGGUAAUGGUUGAGCGGGAAAGAACACCGGCCGCCGCUCACAAAGAUACAGAUCAUGCUGGAGAUCAGACCAAGAAUGACGACGAAGACGAGGCUGACGAGACCAACCUGGACAAGGGUUGGGCUUGGGUCGUUAUGGUUGCCUCCCUGCUAACACACGUUUUCACGUUCGGAAUGGCUUACUCUUCAGUAGGAGUGUUAUAUACGGAAUUUUUAAAUGUUUUUGGCAAGAGUAAAUCAGCUACAGCGUGGGUAGGAUCAAUUCUUCUUGGAACCAUGCUGUGUUCAGGCCCAAUUUCAAGCGUCAUGGUCAGCAGGUGGGGCCCAAGAAUUGUCACUCUAAUCGGAGCUUCCUUUGCCACCAUGGGUAUGGUAUUAAGUGCAUUCGCUAAUGGACUACCGUACCUAUAUAUAACAUAUGGUGGUUUGACAGGUUUGGGCUUCGGUUUGUCGUAUCUUCCUUGCAUUGUCAUCCUUGGAAAAUUCUUUGAGCGUCGUCGAUCUGUUGCAACGGGUAUCGCCGUAGCCGGUUCUGGUGUCGGUACAUUUAUUUUAGCCCCUGUAUGCCAAGCUCUCGUCGACAGUAUUGGUUGGAGGAAAACAUUUAUCGUGCUAGGCUUUCUAGAGACGACGUUACACAUAUGUGGUUUUAUCUAUGACCCAAAGAAAGUACCAAUACGAAGAAAGAAAACACAGAUUAACCAGCUGAAGCUGCCGGAGGACAGGUUGACGGCAGUAGACCUGAUGAUUAAAGGAAGCUGUCUUGGCUUCCCUGUACUCUCAGCUUCCAGUAUAAUAUUCGAAGAAAGUGGGCCCAGAAACCUAAAGUACAUGCCCACGGAAGAAAUAUUUGCCAUUGAAGAAGAAACUAAAGAACCUAACAAAGAUAUGAAUGGUCCCGAGAGCCCAUGCAAAAAGACAAACAAUGAAGAGAAAAUAAUUACCGAUCAUGCGAUGAACUGUGUUGAAAAAUGGGAGCGGCGCAGCAUUCGAUUUGGAAUUCCAACCUCCCGCAAAGAUCGGGUUGUGUCAGGUACUGGUCGUGCUGUUGGUAGAAAGACAUCAGCUCUUUCACUGUCAGCGAUUGAGGAGUCGUACUCCAGCUCAAUGAGAACACCAAGUUGUCAGACCAUUAGCGUUACAACUGACACACAAGAUGGUCCUAAGAAUAAAGAAGCUUCGGCUGCAAAUCACUCUGUCAUUAGCGUAAAUGACACAUACAACAGCAUCUCAGCUCUGGAGCAGUUCGGUCAAAAGGAGGCCAGUGCUUUAUAUGAUAUUUCCGGAAACUACGGCGUUGUGUUUGGUGUAGGUGGCAUUGCAUUCAUUGUGUCUGGUCUGUGUCUGGUCAUUUAUCCAAUAAUUACUGGGAAAAUCAACACCAAAUGCAAGCAAGCAGAAAGCGAUUUAUCAUCAUAA